UGCUUUUAUUUUAAUACACAAAUUUUUUUUUCUUUGUUUUUCCAGAAUAAACAACCAGGAUAUUUAAUAAAGAGCAGUGUUAAACUGCUGAAAGAGGUGAAGCACAAGCCAUCCAGAAGAAUCUCCUGAAAACGCAGAAAUUGUUUGCUACAUUUCACAGACAGAUGGAGCCAAGUCCCGACAUGGAGAAACAUCAGAACUCUGUCAAGAGUUUUACUAAACAGAGUGAUAUCAAAAUACACCAGCGCAUUCACACAGGAGAGAAACCGUAUCACUGUUUCGACUGUGGGAAGAGUUUUACUACACAGAGUCAUCUCAAACUGCAUCAGCGCAUUCACACAGGAGAGAAACCGUAUUACUGUUUCGACUGUGGGAAGAGUUUUACUGAACAGAGUAAACUCAAAAUACACCAGCGCAUUCACACAGGAGAGAAACCGUAUUACUGUUUCGACUGUGGGAAGAGUUUUACUGAACAGAGUAAACUCAAAAUACACCAGCGCAUUCACACAGGAGAGAAACCGUAUCACUGCUCAGACUGUGGGAAGAGUUUUACUCAACAGAGUAAUCUCAAACUGCAUCAGCGCAUUCACACAGGAGAGAAACCGUAUCACUGUUCAGACUGUGGGAAGAGUUUUACUACACAGAGUCAUCUCAAACUGCAUCAGCGCAUUCACACAGGAGAGAAACCGUACUACUGUUUCGACUGUGGGAAGAGUUUUACUGAACAGAGUAAACUCAAAAAUCACCAGCGCAUUCACACAGGAGAGAAACCGUAUCACUGCUCAGACUGUGGGAAGAGUUUUACUAGACAGAGUGAUCUCAAAAAUCACCAGCGCAUUCACACAGGAGAGAAAUCGUAUCACUGCUCAGACUGUGGGAAGAGUUUUACUAGACAGAGUGAUCUCAAAAAUCACCAGCGCAUUCACACAGGAGAGAAACCGUAUCACUGCUCAGACUGUGGGAAGAGUUUUACUCAACAGAGUCAUCUCAAAAUACACCAGCGCAUUCACACAGGAGAGAAACCGUAUCACUGCUCAGACUGUGAUAAGUGUUUUACUACACAGAGUGAUCUCAAAAUACAUCAACGCAUUCACACAGGAGAGAAACCGUAUCACUGUUUCGACUGUGGGAAGAGUUUUACUACACAGAGUCAUCUCAAACUGCACCAGCGCAUUCACACAGGAGAGAAACCGUAUUACUGUUUCGACUGUGAUAAGUGUUUUACUACACAGAGUCAUCUCAAACUGCACCAGCGCAUUCACACAGGAGAGAAACCGUAUCACUGUUCAGACUGUGGGAAGAGUUUUACUUUACAGAGUGAACUUAUAUUACAUCAGUGCAUUCACAAAAGAUAGAAAAGUAUCCCAAAUCUGUUCCUCUGCCAUAAAAAAUGCAAACCUUAAAUCUUUCAGACAGCCAAAAACACCUCAUCAUGCACAAAAUCUUCACUCUGUUACAAGAACUUCAUUUAAAAAUGGCUUUUUACAGGUUCAGAAAAAUGAAUCUUAUCCAGAGAUGAUGUUUACUGAAUUUCAUGCUGUGUUUUUAUGUAUGUUUGUAUACCUACAUUAGUUAAUGCCUGCAGAGCUCUUCAACACUUAGUGUUGUGUUUUAAGAAGUUUUUACACACAGAAUCAUAAAUGGUACCACUAACAGCAUAAACUAGGAACAUACAUUUUUACAAUUUUUUCAGUGAUAUGCUGAAUAAAUAGUAAAGCGAUGAUGCUAGCUCAGAGUAAAAUCGUAUAUUAAAUCUCAGCAUUAGCUUUAGAACUAAUAAUAAACAAAAGUGAGGAUUUUAUCAUUCUGGGACAUUUUUAGGUUUAAAAAUUGAAUAUGCUUUGCCAUAAGUAGGAAAUGAUCAUUUGGUCAACUUAUGUCAUUUACAGCCUUAACACAUUCUCAAUUGUUUACAUAUAAAAACUUUCUUUAUUUUUUCCUCCACUCCACGUUUGUAGUUUGUAGUUGGAGCGAGGGCACUGCCAGUGUUUGCUCCAGAUGUUAGAUUAGCAUUACUUAGUCUUUUAAAAUUUAGAUGUCGUAGUUUAAAGGAGUAGAGUAUUCUUAGGAGUAGAGAAUAUUCUUAGCUUGCAACAAAAGGCCAACAAAAUCCUUUUCAGAGUUAAAAAAAAAAAAAAAAAAACGGUCUAGCUGUAGUUUCCAUACUGAAAGCAACACUCAGCAGGCUAUGCAGCAGUAAGACUGCAGGAUCCUUGAUUCCCUCUACUGCACAUGUGUCAAACACAAGGCCCGCGGGCCAAAUGUGGCCACAUCCAAGCGAGAGCUUGUAAGAUCUUAGUGUCUAUAAUAAAUAGGUCAGAAGCGUUCUUUGACCAAAAACUACAUUUCCCACAAUGCUUGUCGAUUGUAUUGCCUGCGAAGUUACGGCUUACUGCCACUACACGGCAGUGUAGUCAUUGAUGUGGAAACCCUGCUGGAGGGAAGGCGUAACUUCGCGGGUGGAAUUGAGACAUACAAACGUUUAUCCCAUAAUGUCCAGAAAAAGAGAAGCUGAUGCAGACGGACGGCUGUGCUUCAAGGCGAAAGACCGGUAUGCCUUUUGUGUUACGAAGAGUGUUACUGACCAAAAUAAACGCUUUUUAGAAGAGAUAUAAGUUCUGUGUAAAUAUUUAUAAGACAAUAGCUGACAAAAUCUGUUUUAAUGACGUUAAUAAACAUCACUGUGACAGCGCUAGUCACAGUUUCACCUCAGCAAAGGAGGAGCACGUGAAUCACUUAUCUAACCAGCCUGUACUGAUUUCUGCCCCCAAUAACCCUUUCAAUAACCUCUAAUAGCCUUUAAUUAGUCUUCAGUAGCCUUCAACAGUCUAACCUUGCAGCCGUGGUGUGUUCACUAAACUCCGUAGUUAUAAACAUCCUGAGGUUAGCAGCGCGCUAACUGACCUGUUUAUAAUGUAAUCCGAGCAGUGACUCCGUGACUCUGCUCUAAACUGCUGCUGUUAGCUGCUUGGGCUGAAAGAUGAACUGUAGAGAGCUGUAUUAUCCGGUUAGUGGGGUUAUUUUAUUUCAUACACAGAAGAACUUACAAAUUUUAAAAACGCUCCAGACUGGCUCAGCUGAGCCCUGUAGCCCGUGGCUGGGCUGCAGCUCUGACUAUGCAAAGACUGCGGGCUUGUGGUGCUGCUGCUGCAGCUCCGACUAGUGGUUGGAUGAGGAACUGCUAAAUCUGAGGAAAUGCUAAAUCUGUCACAGCUCACAAUUUUUGAUUUUAUAUUUAUUAAGCCUUAUUUCAGUAUCGAACGUUUUGAUCAAAGUUAAUAUAACUUGUACUUGAUGUAAUUUCUAUUCACUUGACUAGUUUGGUUCUUGAUUGAUGGAGUUUUUGGAUUUCAUAACAUGACAAAUUAAAAGGAUUUAUGUUAAUAGAGCAACAAGCAACCAUUUUUCCAUGCAACUGUAAUAUUUGAUUGAAUAAAUAGUAUAUUGAGAGUUAUUUAACAUUAAGGAGUAAUUACAUUCAUUUUAUAUUACAUCUGGUUACAUUUUCUUAUAUUUAUAAGUUACAUCUGGCCCUCAGAGGACAGCCAAUAUGCCAAUGUGGCCCUUGGCAAAAAUGAGUUUGAGACCCCUGGUCUAAAUAAAUAAUAUUAUAAUAUUAUAUAUAUCAUAUUAUAAUAUAAUAAUAUUAUUAUAUAUAAUAUUAUAAUUAAUAAAUAAUUUUAGUCUGCAUUUUGCAACUGCGGUUCUGGAACGGUUCAGUUGGAGAAUCUGUACACUUAUAGUUUUGUUUUUGUGGGUUUUUUUUAUUAUCAGGCACCACUUU